UGGGACGCGAAGAAACCACGCAGUUCUUGGAAAAUACGUGUUGUGUUUAUAUUUAAAAAUUCGACAAAUAAUUGAUUGUCAUGUCUUUGAAUGAGGACAAUGAGAGUGUCACAGUGGAGUGGAUAGAAAAUGGAGACAACAAAGGGAAAGAGGACCAACAAAUUAUACCACCUUCUAAAAAUGAAAGCCCAUGCAGGAACAGAGCAUGGAAGAAGUCUAACUGCGUAAAGGAGGUGGAGAAGUUGCAGGAGAAGAGGGAGCGGCGGCGACUCCAGCAGCAGGAGUUGAGGGAGAAGAGGGCACAGGAAGCUGAUGUCACAAUUCCCAACUAUGAAAUAAUGUACAUGAUCAGGGAUUUCCGAGCAAGCCUGGACUACCGACCCUUAACCACCGCUGAUCUUAUUAAAGAACGUAGGAUAUGUGUAUGUGUACGUAAACGCCCACUUAAUAAAAGAGAGCUCUCCCUGAAAGACCUGGAUGUCAUAACCAUACCCAGCAAGGAUGUGGUCAUGGUGCAUGAGCCCAAGCAGAAGGUGGACCUGACGCGCUACCUGGAGAACCAGACCUUCCGCUUUGACUACGCCUUUGAUGACAGCACUACUAAUGAAAUGGUUUACAGGUUCACAGCCAGGCCUCUGGUGGAGACCAUCUUUGAACGGGGAAUGGCCACAUGCUUUGCCUAUGGACAAACAGGAAGUGGGAAAACACAUACUAUGGGAGGAGAUUUUUCUGGGAAGAAUCAAGACUGUUCAAAAGGAAUCUAUGCGCUGGCUGCUCAAGAUGUUUUCCUCAUGCUGAAGAAACCCAACUACAAAAAACUUGACCUUCAGGUCUAUGCCACUUUCUUUGAAAUCUACAGUGGGAAGGUGUUUGACCUGUUGAACCACAAGGCCAAGCUACGUGUGCUAGAAGAUGGCAAGCAACAGGUUCAGGUGGUGGGGUUGCAUGAGCAUGAGGUCAAGUGCACUGAGGACGUGUUAAAGCUCAUCAAAGUUGGGAAUAGCUACAGGAUGUCUGGUCAGACCUCAGCCAAUGCCCAUUCGUCCCGUAGCCAUGCUGUCUUCCAGAUCAUUCUGCAGAGGAAAGGGAAAAUGCAUGGGAAGUUCUCCCUCAUUGACCUGGCAGGCAAUGAGCGAGGAGCUGAUACCAUCAGUUCCAACAAGCAGACUCGCCUUGAGGGGGCUGAGAUCAAUAAAAGCCUACUAGCGCUCAAGGAGUGCAUCAGGGCACUUGGACGCAACAAACCACAUACACCAUUCCGAGCCAGUAAGCUGACACAGGUCCUGAGGGAUUCCUUCAUUGGCGAAAACUCCAGAACAUGCAUGAUUGCUACCAUCUCCCCUGGAAUGAUAUCCUGUGAAAACACACUGAAUACAUUACGCUAUGCUAACCGAGUGAAAGAGCUGACUGUGGACCUUGGUGCAGUGGACGGGCGCCCCAAUAUCCAUGCAGUGGACCAACUGAACAUGAUGGAGGUGCAGUGGGGGGAGGAAGAGAUCUCCCCUCAGCUCUUCACCUUCCAUGAAGCAGUCUCUCAGCUGGUGGAGAUGGAGGAGCAGGUUCUGGAGGAUCACAGGGCAGUCUUUCAGGAGUCAAUCCGGUGGCUGGAGGAUGAAAAGGUGCUACUGGAAAUGACUGAAGAGGUUGAUUACGAUGUGGAUUCUUACGCCACUCAACUAGAACAUAUUUUGAACCAAAAAAUUGAGAUCUUGACCGGUCUAAGAGACGAGGUGAAGUUAUUCUGCUCUGCACUUCAGGAAGAGGAACAGGCCAGUAAACAAAUCAACCCCAAGCGGUCACGUGCCGUCUAAAGCUGAAUGUCUGUGUCUGGUAAAGGCACAUAUAUAGAAAACAUGUCCGUUGAAUGCUUAGUAUGAUUCAUCCUAACUGGUUGUAAAGACAGUGCUGUCCAGAAAUGAAAGAAAAUGUAAUGUCCCUCCAGACAACUUCUGGGGUUCUUCUGAGAAAAAGGCUGUUGUUAAAAACUGGUAUUCCGUCUGGGCUAUAGGUAGCGUAUUGUGUUUAAAAUAGCACUUUACAAUGCAUGUUUGAAUCCUACAUCCUGCGUUGUGACUUGGAUAAUGUACUUACCCGGAAUUGCUUUAGUUGAGAAAUGAAGUUCUCAGCUACUACAUGAAGGGGGUAAAUAUUGGUAAGUUGUUUUGGAACAAAAUGUCACCUGAAUUAAAGAGUGGAA